CAUGGACUACGGGGAAGCUGAAGACAGAGAUUGGAGAUUCCCAGAUACCCCCAUGCAUUGUGGUGUGAACAUGCCCAGUGGGUCAGUCUCAGGGGGUCCAGUAGAUGGCAACAGAGGCUGAAUGUUGAGUGCUUUCAUCUUUGCCCGGCUCUUGGCUAAGUUCUUCGUGUUGGAAAUUUGUAGCCAGUUGGAAGCGUGCCUUUCGUUGGAUGGCUGUUGAUGGCUGUGAUUCUGCCAUUGUCCCUUGCUGAUGACUUGGUUGGAGAUAUGGAUAAUGUGGCCUGUCAAAUACACUUUAUAACAAUGUUAAUGUUUUGGUUUCUAUAACUAUUGUCCUUGUAAUUCGGAGGGGAAAAUGACAUUUGCUGCAAAUCUGGACAUUCAUAUACAUGGUGCUUUGGUUUACGUGGGCCUUAAUAAUGCUUUAAAUCUUCUAUAUCUAAUGACAAGGUUGUGAUCUUAAAGUGUUAAAAACCAAAAAAGAUGUCAGUGGGAAAAAUGCUGCUUAUUGUUGCACAGUAGAUCCUUGUUGUAGUUCUUGUGGUUUACAAAUGAAAAAUGUUAUGGACAAGUAGAUCUUAUUUCAGAUCUGUAAUUGUUUUUAUUGUUUUAAGACUUAGAUUAAGUUUGACUGGAAUUUUUCAUUAUUCAUUACCGCAAGAGCUUUCUCCCUUCUUGCAUGUUUCAUGUGAAUAACGCUGUUGGAAACUACACCAUUUCUUGGUGCUGUGAACAUUUUCAUUGCCUUCUAAUCUUAGUUAUUUCUUUACAAACACCUGUCUCCUAGAGUCAUUUGUACCAAUGGAUCCUUAUUCUUAUCUGCUAUGUGUUUAUCAUCCUACUUUUCUUCCUGAGGAAAACUGAUCCUUCUUUGCUGUAUAAUGAGGCAUCAUCUUGCAGCAAUUUUAAAUGAUCUUCCACUAGAUCAGGCAUUUUUUCAUUUCUUUCCUUAAACUGAAGGAAUACACGUACACUGACAUUCUAAUUUGUAAACUGAACUUGUCUUGUAGUGACCCAUUUGUUUCUAAUCUUAGAGGUAAUGAAUUUUCAUCCCCCUUUGUCUUAACUUUUCUUCCUUUCCCUAGGAACCUUUGUGUAAUUUGGAAGUGGGAAGUGGAAUUGUUUUUUGCUGUUCUAUUUCUGUACUUUAGCUCAUUGUCUCAUUCACCCAGCUGUAUUUGUGCAUGAGGCUGCUGAUGCCAAAACCUGACACAUCCCUCCAUCAAACAGUUUAGGAUACUUCAUCAGUGACUUCAUCACUUCAGAGAUUUACUCCUUCUUUAUAAACCUUAGGAGUGACUGUGAAUCACUUCCUUCUUUUUCUCUUGGAAGUGUUGAUGGAUACAGAGAUACAAUAGUUCUUCAAAGCUUUCCUUGUUAAAUAGCUACUCUUUAAACUUAAAUAAAACCCAAGUAAAAAUCUUCUGGAUUGUUUUCAAUGUGAGAUGCUGUACUGCGAUUCCCAGCUGUGCUGUUUUUUCCCCCAGCAUUUAAGUAUGUGUUCUCUUAGCGCAUGAAAUAUCUUCCCAUUUUGUUUGAAUAGUUUUCAGUGAUAGUCACCUUCUGUGCUUUUCUGCUGGUGGUGAUAGCUGAUGUGGACAUGAUGGUGAUUGGGAAGCAGGCUGCAGACUGAAGAAUUGUUCUGUGCAGAUGUUUUUCUGCUCGCUGGCUUUAGUGAGUAGAAGGAGGAUCAAAAGUGACAUGGACCGUGAUUAUGGGCAUGGAGGUUAUGGUGGCCCACGAUCCAUGGACUCUUACCUUAACCAGUCCUAUGGGAUGGAGAGUCAUGGAGGUGGAGGCGGAGGAGGUGGUGGUGGUGGUAACAGGUUUGGACCUUAUGAGUCUUACGACUCCGGGUCUUCUCUGGGUGGGCGAGAUCUGUACAGAUCUGGCUAUGGUUAUAAUGAACCCGAACAAAGCCGCUUCGGAGGUAGUUAUGGUGGUCGAUUUGACAACUCCUACCGGAAUAGCCUUGACUCUUUCGGAGGUAGAAACCAGGGCGGGUCUAGCUGGGAAGCACCUUACUCCCGUUCAAAAUUGAGGCCUGGGUUUAUGGAGGACAGAGGAAGAGAGAGUUACUCUUCCUACAGCAGUUUUUCUUCACCCCAUAUGAAGCCUGCACCUGUAGGCUCUCGGGGGAGAGGAACGCCUGCUUAUCCUGAAAGUGGAUUUGGAAGCAGAAACUAUGAUGCUUUUGGAGGACCAUCAACAGGCAGAGGCCGAGGCCGAGGACAUAUGGGAGACUUUGGAGGAAUGCACAGACCUGGAAUUGUUGUUGACUAUCAUAACAAACCCAGCCCUGCAGCAGUUGCUGCAAGAGGAAUAAAAAGGAAAAUGAUGCCACAGCCAUACAACAAACCUGGUGGGACGUUUGUCAAGAAACCCAAAAUGACAAAACCUAUUUUGAAGUUGACACAGAAAAAAUCAUCCAAUACGAAGUCAUCUUUCCAGGAUUCUACCAUAGAGGAAAUUGAAGUGGACACAAGUGGUGCUGUUGUUAUAUAUGAAGACUUUACAAGAGAUGCUUAUGAUGUUGGGUACCAGACUUUUGGAGAUUCCAAAGGAGAAGCUAAAAGUGAAGAGGAGGAAAAGCGGCGAAUUGAGGCUAGAAGAGAGAAGCAAAGGCGUAGAAGGGAAAAAAACAGCGAGAAAUACGGUGAUGGAUACAGAAUGGCAUUUACUUGCUCAUUUUGCAAAUUUCGAACGUUUGAAGAAAAAGAAAUUGAAGCCCAUCUGGAGAGUGCAGCUCACCAGGAAACACUGGAUCAUAUUCAGAAGCAAACCAAAUUUGACAAAGUAGUGAUGGAGUUUCUUCAUGAGUGUAUGGUGAAUAAAUUCAAGAAGACAGCUAUGCGUAAACAACAGACUAGUAACCAAACGGAAAACGCUCAAGCUGUUGAAAAAGAUAUCAUGGAAGGGGUUACUGCUGAUGACCAUAUGAUGAAAGUUGAGACUGUUCACUGCAGUGCUUGCAGUGUAUAUGUUCCUGCAUUGCACAGUUCUGUUCAGCAGCACUUAAAGUCUCCUGAUCACACAAAAGGAAAACAAGCCUACAGAGAACAGAUAAAAAGGGAGAGUGUUCUUACUGCUACCAGUAUCUUGAAUAAUCCAAUAGUCAAGGCACGAUACGAGCUGUAUGUGAAGGGUGAAAAUCCUUUUGAAAUCAAUGAUCAGGCUCAGGAGCAGCAGACAGAAGAAGAAGAAAAGACCGAGGAGCCAGCUGAGGGUGAGGAAGAAGAAGAGGAAGAAGAGGAGGAAGAAACUGAAGAGCAAACUGAUUUUACUUUAGACCACACUGAAGAUAAUUAAAUGCAAGAAAAUGAGGAAAAAAAAUAUUGGGGGGGGGGCAAAAUGGCUUUUCCUUUCUGCUCUAAAGUGGCUAAGACUUUUUAAUAGUCUCAAAUGAACGUUGUUGAAGAAUCCCCACCCUAUGCAUGCAUUCCAUUCUGUGGAGAACUUGUUUAUAUAAUUCCUCUGUGUUUCUGAUUUUGUUGAAAAUGAAAUUAAGAUUAUUUUAGUUGAGCUUUUUAUAGCAACCUGACUGUUAAAGCUGAUUAAACAUUGUGUUGUAUAUUUUUUUAAGCUUCCUAUUUUUUUGAUGUGUGCAUUGAAAGUUGGAUAUAAUAGUUUUUGAUCUAAUCAAUUGGAAGGGUCGUCUGGGGGUAAAUAUUUUAAAUGCUGUAUGUCGUAAGCUUAUAUUUACCUCAAUACAGAAAGAGUAAACUUCAGAAAUUGUGCUGUUGAGUGUGGCUGUUUUGGGAACUGCAUUGCACUCUGUAUAAUAGAAUAUGUGUUAUAAUAUGCCUUGUAGCUUUUUGUGAUAAAAUGUACCGGUUUGUAGUAAUAAAACAUGUAAGAAAUGUU